ACGCUACUGGCGCCUGUAAUGUGACUGUUUGUGAAGUAGCAUUAUUGUGUGUGAAAUAAACCAGAGUCACGCUAGGGGGCAUGCAUUCAAAACGUCUAACCUGAAGUAACGUGUUAAAAAGGUAUAUCGUGCCUAAAUAUUACCAGAUUGUUCAAAGUCACAUGGAAACCAUUUCAACUCUCUGCUCUGUGUCCUUGCUGAGGCGAUGUAAGAAGUACACCACAUUUUAGGCCAACUUUGGCUAGGGUUCAGUCACAACGAGAAAAAUGACUCGAAAACAUAAUACUGCAAACGACGUAUUAAUAGUAAAUCAAGGUAAUGGCUGCACCCUGGGAGGUUGAUGAAUAUUAAGCACACUUACACAGGGAACAUUGGAACACAGAGAAAGUUCAACUAAAACGAGCAGAAAGUUGGUACGUCUGCAGAGGGAAAGCCCGGCUUUGCAGCCGAAAUUAUCAGCGAAAGGUUGUGAGCAGAAUGAAGAGGUGAAGUGAAAUAUACAAACUUACGAGGAUCAAUUAAAAAAGGUUACAAAAAUUCCUUUUGACUUUCGUGAGACUCAAGUAGAAGAGAAGGAUUUCGUGGCCUUUACGUCGUUGUCAAAAAGGCAAGGAGAUCUAGUUUCCUUCAAGUAGCAUGCGAAGAUUUACACCAGAGAAGUAGCAUGUCGACGGUAAGCGCCCAGAAAUAGCACUCGCACAGCAGAGACUUGAAGGAAACUAUGCCGUUCUUCUCUCGAAAAAGUCGAAGCGACAUCGGUCAGCUAGAAAAAGGACCUCCCAAAUCCCUGGCAACGCUACGGAAGAUCUUAACACAGCACACGAAAGUAGUGAUAGAGAAUUUGGCGACAUUAGAGAAGGCUUACUAUGGAUUUGGAAAGAACCCAGGCAACGAGAUAAGAAAGUGGUUAAAACCAUUGAACAGCGUUCUUAGCACUUUUGAUUUGCCUGAACUACGAUCUGCUUUGUUAAUUCAAGAUGUUCUUAAGCGAGGAGCAAAUCCUCGCAGUGUUUUUAAAGUGGAUAGGUUUUGUCUCUCUAAGAUGCAAGAAUGUCACUUGAAAGUGUUGGAAUACAUGCCUGGAAAAUUCAAACCUUUGACGGACGAGGUGGUUAAAAUUCUGGGAUAUUUAGAGAAAUAUUGUCUCAGUUUCUAUGAUCCUGAAACAGACCCCCAUUUGGGGACGGCCACAGACUACACGCGCAUGCGCGGUGAGUGGUCGAAAACUAUCAAGAAAUGCUUGAAUAACAUUGUCAGCGCCUCUGAAAGUUACAAAAGUGCGUAUGGGGUGACACCCGGGCUGAUGGGGACAUAUGCCAAAGAAUUAGGUGCUCGUUAUGAAUGCUCACACUUGCCUUUUCUUCUUCUCUUUCCUGACGCUUGCGAGAACGUACGAGUCGCAUGCAGCACAGUCAAUUCGUGGAUCAAAGCGGACGAGAAUUUCGUCGGUUACCUUAAGAACGAUUUGGCGGAUUCUGAACGCAAACUUGCCUCUCUGACGAAACUCUUAAAGCAAGCUCAAGAAAAGAGCUAUCAAGCCUCGUACAAAGUUCAUCAAAAGGAAAAUCAGUCAAGGGCUCUGGAAAACGAACUAGAAUCUCUUAAAGCCAAGGAGGAUGCUCUGUUAGUUGAGGAGGAAUAUCUGGGCAACGACACCAACGAGAUGCAGCUGGAGCUCGAUAUUAAAGAAUUCAGACGCGACGAGCUCCGGAGGAACGCGGCCGGUAUGAACACAGAGGUGCUCAAUGAAACGUGGGACCAGCUCAACCUCGAACUCAGAGACAUUUACGAGACGUUGCCCGCCAUGAAAAAGAGACUGGACCACGUUCACAGUAAAUUAAAGUGGAUCAACGAGAGACGAGAAGCCUUACAGAACGCUAAUGGCGGAAUAAAUGAACUUGCCGCAGAGACUGCAGCUGCUGAGAAGGAAAAAACAAAACUUCAGAGUAGUUGUAACAAUGUGACGAGGACUAUUGCUAUGAUCAAACAAAUUGUUAUCCAAAAGACCAGUGUCAGUGUCCUACAGAGGAUAUUCUAUGACUUGGACAGAAGAGGGGGGCGGUCAAAGAUGGACAAAGAAGAUGUAGGCCCCCUCGAGAGAGCUUUUCACGUCGUGGCCAACCAUAUUGGUAACGACUGGAUGACCUUAUACAGGAACCUCCCUUUCAUCCCGCCCAGGGGAAACGCACAGAUAGAAGCAGACAUCCAUGACUUGUCUCACGGUGUUCCUCGAGAUCUCACGGAAGAUCGCGCACUACGCAGUCUCCAGCGCUGGCGACGUCAUCACACGAGAGCACGUGCCCAGGACCUUCUCGAUACUCUAGCCAAGAUUAAACGGUUUGACCUCGUUCAAGAUGUGAAUCUGGAGUUGCAUCCACCCACUGAAGAACGUCCAACCCCUGAGGAAUAUCCGGAGUUUAUGGACAAGCAGCUUAUCCCAUUCUAUAAAGAGGUGGAGAGAUUUGAUAAACUGCGGGUGGGGAAUGACAUGCUCAAACCAAAGCUCACCUACGAUUACUGCGACUAUUUAGUGUGAAAAAUGUCCAGAUGUGGGUGGAUGAAUAUAAGAAAAUUUAGACAUAACAUGAUUUUCAUUAAUUAUCUUUUAGAUAUCUGCUAAAUCCAAAGAUCCGCCCUUGAACAUUACAUUAACUUAUUUUCUUACUUGUAUUGUUCAAUUAUUAUUUAUCAAUAUUCAUUGGCUAUUUGAAUUGUACAAAAUUGUAGAUUAUUGCUUGUUAUUUGCUCAAUGUACUUGACAUUAUAUUUGUAUUUGAUGAUCUCAGGUACUUUAAAGAAACUAUCUAGACAACACAAGGUAAACAAUUCUUAUUUUCAAUACAAUACAACAAAAUUCCUCCAAUCUUCGCCUUUUCAACACCUUUUCACCACCAAUUUUUGCUUGUGUGUUUUUAUUUUCAAUGUACGAUUCGUAUUUUGCUUGAAUGUAAUGUUAGAAUCCCAACACUGAUUUUUAUAACACAUUGAGUAGACCA